AUGACUCUCCGUACCACAGGUUGCAAGACUCGAGGCCCUCGACCACGAAGAUCGCUAUCCACUCAGUCCGCAGCAUCGUCCAUCAUUUCCGCGAGCGUAUAUUCGGCAUUUGAACAAGCUUUCGAAGCCCCUCCGUUGCCAACUCUUUGGCUUGAAUUGGCCCCUCCAUGUGCAUACUGCCUCGCGCGCAUCUAG